CUGCACAGAUUGAUCGGUGGUUAAGAGGGCAAAUGUUUAUGGUUGUCUUUAUUAGUUGAAGCAAUGAGUUCAAAAGUCGGGAAGUUGUGUUGCAGCUUUAUAAAACUAGUUAGAACACAUCUGGAGUGUUUCAUACAGUUCUGGUCGCCCCAUUCUAGGAAGGAUGUCGUGGCUUUGGAGAGGGUGCUGAAGAGGUUUACCAGGAUAUUGCCUGGAUUAGAGGGCAUGAGUUAAAACAAAAGUUUGGACAAACUUGCUCUGCCCGCGGUGGGAGCAUCUACCGGUCACGUGAUCCCGUUUGCCCCUCCCAUUUAACUGCAGACGGGCAGCAUCUGCGCGUCUGUUUCCGCGGCCCCGCCCUCCGGAUGACGCAACAUUCACUUUGCGCAUGCUCAGUGUUUUUCUUUCCGCUCAGUGCUGAAGCCGAUCAUCUGCGGGCUCAGGAAGGGAUCCUCGCCUCUUGGGUUGGGAGCCGGGGGUCGCCGUCGCUGUUUGCGGGCCGAAGAUAUCACUUUCCCAUCGUUGUGCGGACCAACCAUUCAUCGGAGCAGGAAAUGUUUAAAUGGCUUUAAAACUGUGGCACUUCACAUUGACAGUAGAUAAUAGAAAAUCCCAGCUGCACGUCAACAAAGGCUAUUUGUGUGAGAGUGUUUCAGUUACGGUGGGGCCAGGCACCCAUGCAGCUCAGUGAGAACAGGGAAUAUUACCAGUGGAGAGUGUUAAACUGAGCCAAGUCACAGAUUGGAGAUGCAGAAAUGCCCGAUUCUUAUAGAGACAGGAAGAGCUUCAGAGAGUUUAAUGGUCAUUCGAGAUACCAGCACUCUGCCCAGUUAGAAGAUGAUUUCUCUAUCCAACUUCUGUUGAACUUCACUGUAACAGUGUGAUGCCAGAUCACACCUUGACAACUCGAGUGAUCUCAUCUUAAGUGUUGUCCUUCACUCAAUGAUAGAUUUUAUAAAUCGUUUUUCAGGUUAAAAAUGACAAGGAAUAUAUCUACGGGAAUCUCAAACACAACACACCAGUGUUGCUGUCUCUAUCCAGAUAUUUAAGAAGUGGAGCAAGGGAUUCUACACUCGAUCAUCCUUCCUGCUCAGACUGUGGCGAGGGAUUCACUCGAUCAUCUGACCGACUGGCACGCCUGUCAGUUUACACAGGGGAGAGGCCAUUCACCUUUUCAGACUGUGGGGAUUCAAGGUCAAUUCAUCAAGUUACAUCAGCAAGUUCACAUUGGGACAAGCCAUACACCUGUUCUGUGGGUGAGAAGGGAUUCAGUUGGUCAUCCCAACUGUGGACACACCAGUCAGUUCACAUCAGCCAGAAGCUGGUCAUCUGCUGAAUUUGUGGGGAAGGAUUCACUCAGUCAUCUGACCUAAUGGCUCACCAACGAGUUCGCACUGGGGAGCGGCUGUUCACCUGCUCGGACUGUGGGAAGGGAUUCACUCAGUCAUCUCAUCUACUGAGACACCAGUCAGUUCACACUGGAGAGUGGCCAUUCACCUGCUCAGACUGUGGGAAGGGAUUCACUCAGUCAUCUGAACUGAAGGUACAUCAGAGAAUUCACACUGGGGAGAGGCCAUUCACAUGCUCAGACUGUGGGAAGAGAUUCACAACGUUAGCUAGCUUACAAGCACACCAGCGAGUUCACACUGGGGAGAGGCCAUUCACCUGCUCAGUCUGUGGUAAGGGAUUCACUCAGUCAUCUCAACUGAAGGUACAUCAGCGAGUUCACACUAGGGAGCGGCCGUUCACCUGCUCAGUCUGUGGGAAGGGAUUCUCUCAGUCAUCUAAAGUACUGAGACACCAGUCAGUUCACACUGGGGCGUGGCCAUUCACCUGCUCAGAGUGUGGGAAGGGAUUCACUGAAUCAUCCUCCCUACAGAGACACCACUCAGUUCACACUGGGAAGUGGCGGUUCACCUGCUCAGACUGUGGGAAGGGAUUCAAUCGGUCAUCUCAUCUACUGAGACACCAGUCAGCCCACACAGGGAAAGGGCCAUUCACCUGCUCAGACUGUGGGAAGGGAUUCACUCAGUCAAGUCUAUUGAAGAUACAUCAGCGAGUUCACACUGGGGAGAAGCCUUAUACCUGCUCAGACUGUGGGAAGGGAUUCAUUUUGUCAUCCCAACUGAAGGUACAUCAGCGAGUUCACAAUGGAGAGAGGCCAUUCUCCUGCUCAGACUGUGGAAAAGGAUUCACUUCGUCAUAUCACCUACUGAGACACCAGUCAGUUCACACCGGAGAGUGGCCAUUCACGUGCUCAGUUUGUGAGAAGGGAUUCACUUCGUCAUAUCGCCUACAGAAACAUCAGUCAGCCCACACAGGGAAAUGACUGUUCACCUGCUCAGUCUGUGGGAAGGGAUUCACUCAUUCAUCUUAACUGAAGUUACAUCAGCAAGUUCACACUGGGGAGAGGCCAUUCACCUGCUCUGAAUGUGGGAAGCGAUUCACUAAGUCAUCUAACCUUAUGUAACUCUCGCUUCGGCUAGCAGCUUAAUAGGGGGUGAUAGACCCCCAGCCCAGCAAAACUUAAGAAAUCUUCUUUGGGUGGAUGCUGUGUGAUGUGUCCCCUGUUACAAAUCAGUACCCUGAAAUAACAAACAGUACACAAUAUAUGAUUGAAAGAUUGAGCUUUAUAAUUCUUACUUUGACUAUAUUGUUAGUGAAGAAAACAAAAAAAAAGAAAAUGGGCCCACUCUCUCCAUUCACGUCUUCUCAUCUCUCCCCAGCAAAAGACCAUGAAAUCUCUCUUCCAGACUCACAAGGAAGAACAUUUCUGUCAUUGGAUAGCCCCGCACAACAAAACCCUGUUAUCUUUCAUCAUAACCUAAACAUUGCUGCUACAGAGAAAUCGUUACCUCAGCUGUGAAACAUUAGAGAAAGGCCAUUACAUGAGCAGUGAAACCUACAGCAUGUUACACUUGUGACACAUUACUGGGUUCACACUGGGGAGAAAGUUUCAACAAGCUGCAUGCUCGAUAUUUGUCCAUCAUUGUUUCGAAAGCAAUUUCGAGAGUGACUGUCGGUGCUGAACUCUGCAAUUAUUGCUGCUGCUACCACACCCAGUCCUGCACCCUGGUCACUGGGCAUGGGAGGAGUUUCUUCUGCUGCAUAUUCACCUUUAAUGGGACUGGAGUUUAAUAUUCUGGAUCUGAGACAAAUAAAUCAGUUCUAUUUUAAACUCUGUCUCUAGUACUUAAUUAAUUUAUAACAUACCUCGUGUACAGUAGAGAGUCAACUCAGGCCGGUUGGACCCUGCCAACGAUUCAGUUCCACAACAGUCCAUUUAAAUCCUCCCCUGUUGUUCACUUCUUGCUCUCCCUGUGGUGAUGGGUUCCAAACAGUCACCACUCUGUGAGUUAAGAGGUUUCCCUUGAAUUUUCUGCAGACUGAAGAAGUCGAGCUGACUGCAGUUCUGUCUGAGAUAUUCUUCGCCCCUCUAAUCUCUGGGCGGAGGAAGAAUGACAUUGGUAGUUAACCUCCUUAAUCAUGACUCAUUUCCACAUUAUCGGUCAUUUUCCCUGCUUGUAAAGGGUUGUUAGAAAACACCACUGUCCUUUAAAGACAUGGGAACAGAAUGGGAAACCAUCAGUUGGAUGUUCAACGAAGCAGGGUCAGAAACCGGAGGCGGGUCUGCACAGGGCAGAGUUUGAGGCUGUGGACGAUGGUCAGGGUAAGAACGUAUGAUGAGGAGAAGGGAAUCAGCAGCGGGGCUUGGCAAUGUAUGUCAGAGUAACAACAUUUGGAAGCUGAUUGACAGGGAAAAUAAUUUGUUUGUCUGACUGAUGACACAAACAAUGAUUAUGGUGAGGUGCUCCACUAGUUGAGGAACAUGAGUGUGUUGGGAAUGAUUGUAUCUACUGAGGGAGUUGGUCCUGCUUGUUUAUCCUGUAAUAUUAUAUCCAGAUGGUUAUUAUGGAUUGUCCUAUUAGUAGUUAUGUAUUGAUUAUCAUACAAUUUGUAAGAUUUUGACUCUAAAACUGGAUCAGGCUUGAAUUUAUUGUGCCUUUAUGAUGUUACAGUGGUCAUUCAUGAGUUUGUAUUUUAAAGCAAGAUUUUGGUGAAUGAUAUUUGUCACUUGAUUGUACCUACGUAAGUAAUCAGAUUGAGUUAAAUUGCUGCAGGACUGUGUCUGAUUUCUCUUGGCAUUUUCUGCAUUUAUUGCCCUUUUUGUUUGCCUUUAAUGUAAUUUUUAUAUUUUAAAAUGUUAACUACCUUGUCCUGUAUUUCCCCAAGGAACCCCUGUUUCUGGGAAGAGGUCUCCAACUCUGAGUCAGGCUCGCAAUGCUUCCCUGUUACCAGCUAGUGCUCAGAUCAUUGGGAUGUCUCCCAUGGAGGGUCACACUCAUUCCACUGGUCAAUAUUUUCUUCCAUAGUGAUGAUUCAUUUUUCUGAGUUGGUCUCUCAUUUAAGUUUUCUGGUCUGUAUUUCUUAUCAGAAUUGUAUAUACUCGCAUGGACUGCUAAAUCCUGUUUAUUUUUGAUGAAAAUAUAUACUUUAGAAAUCUUAUCAGACUGUUGAGUGAUUUUUUUUUAAUGUCUGUUAUAGCUCUUCCUCCUUCUGUCCUCAGUAGUGUUAAUCUGUGUGUUUGAGUGUGAUUAGUCUUUUCUGAAUUUGUCAUUUCAGUUCUUAUUUUUCUUUGUAAAGUUUCCAGAUCAGAAUGGAACCAAGAUAUUUUGCCAAGGGAAUAUGUUAAUAUGGGAAUAAUGGGACAGUUUAUUGCCUUUGUUGUAUUUGCUAUACCACGGAAAUAUGUUAGGCAAAUGUUCUUAAGCCUUGAAGUAAAUUUUGAAACAUGUUUUUGCUUUUUCACACUACUUUCUAUUUUCUCUGCUUGUUAAUAUUCCAGAUACCUCUGUAUCAAGUGAUCUGAUGAAGGGUCUUGGCCCAAAAUUUUGAUUCCCAACCUUAGAUGCUGCCUGACCUGCUGAUCUCCUCCAGCACAUUGUGUGUAUUGCUCUAGAUUCCCAGCACCUGCAGGGUCUCAUGUGUCCCAUAUACUUGUAUGUUUCUUGAAUAGGACACACAGGUAGGCAGAGAAGGUUGUAUGGUUCUGUUGGUAAAAAAUAAAAUCAAAUCAUUAGAAAGAGUCGGAAUGUGUUGAGUCAUUGUGGGUAGAACAGAGGAAUCGCAAGAGUGAAAAGACACUGAUGGGAUUUUUAUAGAGACCCCCCCCCCGCCCCCAUCAGUAGUAUGUAUAUGUUCCACAAAUUACAGCGGGAGAGGGAAAAUGCAUGUCAAAACAGCAAUAUUGCAGUAUUCAUGGGAGAUAGUCAUGCAGAUAUAUUGGGAAAAUCAGGGAGGUGCUGUAUCCCAAGAGCGUGAUUUCCUAGAAUUCCCACAAGAUGGCUUUUUAGAACAGCUCCUGGUGGAGCCCAGCUGGGGAUCAGCCAUUCUUGAUUGGGUGUUGUGCAAUGAACAGGAAUUAAUUACAGAACUUAAGGCAAAAGAACCCAGAGGGGGUAGUGGUCUUAAUAUAAUAGAAUUCACCCUGAAAUGUGAGAAGGAGAAGCUAACGUGAAAUAUAUCAGUAUAACUGUAAAAUAAAGAUAAUUACAGAGGCAUGAGAGAAGAAUUGGCCUAAAUUAGUAAGUAAGGAACACUGGAAUGGAUGACGACAGAAUGGCUGGAAUUUCUGUAAGUAAUUCGGAAGACACAGGAUUUAUAAGAACCAAAGAGGAAGAAGUAUUCCAAAGACAAGAUGAUACAACUGUGGUGAAUAGGAAGGCAAAGCCAACAUAGACACCAAAGAGAAGGCAUAUAUUGGAGCAAAAAUGGUGGGAAGUCAGAGGAUUGGGAAGGUUUUAAAAACCAACAGGAGGCAACUAAAAAAAUAAUUAAGGAAAAUAUGGAAUACAACGGUAAGCUAGCCAAUAAAGAGGAUACUAAAUGUUUCUUCAGGUGCAUAAAUUGUAAAGGAGAGGUGAGAGUGCAUAUUAGGCCAAUGGAAAACGAUGCUGGAGGGGUGGUAAUAGAGGCAAGGAGCUCGCGGAUGAACUGAGAAAGUAUUUUGCAUCAUUCUUCACUAUGGAAGACACCAGCAGGAUGGUGGAAUCCAGAUGUCAGUGGUCAGAAAUGUUUAUAGUACUUUGCUCAGGAGCAGGGUUCUUGGGAAACAGAAAUGUCUGAAGGUAAACAGGCCACCCAGAGUUCUCAAAGAGGUGACUGAAGAGAUUGUGGAGGGAUUAGUAAUGAUGUUUCAAUA